AUAUUCCAAUCGUAUUUCUCUGAUUGUUUGUCCGAAUUUAUUUUUGUUGUUGCAGAAAGCUCUCUCAGAAUUUCCCUCAGCCUCUAUCUCCACCCCAAAAACCCCAACUGAGCCACAAAAAAUGUCUUCCCCAAGCAAACGCCGUGAGAUGGAUUUGAUGAAACUGAUGAUGAGUGAUUACAAGGUGGAGAUGAUCAAUGACGGUAUGCAAGAGUUCUAUGUGGAUUUCAAUGGCCCCAAAGAGAGAGGAAGUCUAUGGGUACUUUUGCUUCUGGGUAAUAUGGAUAUUGAAUGAAAGGUGGGAUUUUUUCUUUUCUUUUUUGCCCUUUUUUGAACGGAACGUGGCAGGUCUGUAUCAGGGAGGUGUCUGGAGAAUAAGGGUGGAGCUACUGGAUGCUUAUCCUUACAAAUCUCCGUCAAUUGGCUUUGUCAACAAAAUCUACCACCCAAAUGUUGAUGAAAUGUCGGGAUCUGUUUGUUUAGAUGUUAUCAACCAAACUUGGAGCCCCAUGUUUGACCUGGUUAAUGUGUUUGAAGUGUUUCUGCCCCAACUUCUUUUAUAUCCCAACCCAUCAGAUCCAUUGAAUGGAGAGGCUGCUGCUUUGAUCAUGCGUGAUCGCACUGCUUAUGAUCAAAGAGUAAAAGGUGAGUAUUGCGAGAAAUAUGCAAAGCCGGAAGACAUAGGGGGUGCUCGAGAAGAUCAAUCAAGUGAUGAGGAGCUGAGUGAAGGUGAGUAUGACUCCGGUGACGAUGCAGUCGCAGGCCAUGCCGAUCCUUAGGUGUAUAAUGCUGGCCAAAUGAAUUGUCUGCUGUACAUUAUGUUCUGCUUCGGAAUGGAAAAUUAAACCGAAAAAACUGAGGGAUUACGGAAAAAGUCCUGCCCUUGUGUCAUUGCUGUUCAUGGAGGUUGUGUAAGUUAAUCAACUAUGAUUAAUUGUUUUGAAUGUUGUGAAAAUGUCUCUCUCUGCAUAAUUACCAACAAUAGACGAUCAAUUGGGCCGAGUAUUUGAA